AUGACAGGCAUCAUGACACUAGCCAUCGGCAUCCUCUCCUUCGGCCUCAUGCCCCCGGGCGCCUGCCAAACGCAACACUGGUUCCGCGGCAAAAACGGCUGGUUCACACCACACGAAGAGUACAUUCUCGUCAACCGCGUUCUCCGCGACGACCCCUCAAAAGGCGAUAUGAACAACCGGCAAGCAGUCGGCCUCCCGAUCCUCUGGAAAGCAGCGUGCGACUGGGAACAAUGGCCCCUCUACAUCAUUGGUCUGACCGCCUACGUCCCACCAAACCCGCCGCAAAACUACCUCUCCUACAUUCUGCGCCAACUCGGCUUCUCCGUCUUUGAAGCCAACCUGCUCGCCAUACCCAGCCAGUUUCUCUACGCCAUCCAACUCCUCGCCGUGACCUGGCUAUCCGAGAAGUUCAAAGAACGCUCCAUGAUAUCCAGUCUAUCGAACAUAUGGAUCUUCCCCUGGCUCGUCGCUCUUGUCGUACUGCCCGCAGACGCAAAUCCCUGGGUCAGGUAUGCGCUUCUCACAGGCCUGCUGUCUUAUCCGUACUGCCACGCCAUCCUCGUGAGUUGGAACGCGAAGAACUCGAAUUCCGUCCGUACGCGCGCCGUCUCCGCGGCUUUCUACAACAUGUUUGUCCAGUCGGGCAAUAUCAUUGCUACUAAUAUUUAUCGCGAUGAUGAUCAGCCGUUGUAUCGCAGGGGAAAUAGGAUACUGCUUGGUAUCUGUGUGUAUAAUGUCUUCCUGUUCUAUGCUGUGAAGGCGUUUUACAUUUGGAGAAAUCGCGUGAGGGAUGCGCAAUGGAAAGCUAUGACCAAGGAAGAGCAAGAGGAUUAUGUUUUCAAUACUAAGGAUGAGGGGAUGAAGAGGUUGGACUUCAGGUUUUCCCACUGA